AAUUUAUUCCAUCUCUAUCCAUGUGGUAAAAUCUUUUUUAAUUUUGAAAUUAGUAAAAACAAAUGAAAGCCUAAGGAAAUGCUGCGCAAAUCAAAGAAACAGCCCCAAACGGUGGCCGAAAAGGUCAGCAAACUGAUCGCUCAUCCAAACGAGAGCGACAGUGAUGAGGACUCGGACUUCGACGUGGCCACUGGGCCUCGUCUGGUUGACUUCGAGGAGGAUGAGUACGAUCUUCCGGAUGCCCGCAGUACAGACUUUCGUAAGCAGAACGUAAAGCUGCUGUCGGAGCAGAGUGAUCGUUACAAGGGCAAGAUCAGCAGUCGUAAUGAGCUGGAUGAGGAGGAGGAGAGCGACGAAGAGGAGCUGCCCUACGAGGAGAGCGACGAAGAUGUUGAUUUGGAAGCAUUUAAUCAAAAGUUAAGCGCUGCAAAAGCCAAGGGCGAACAGCAGUCCAUUGGGGAAGAUGAUGGAAAUGAGGACCUAGCUCAGGAUUCCCCGAAUCGGAACUUGGUUUUCGCUUUGGCAGACGCUGGGUAUGAAGAUGAUAGCGAAGAGGAUGAGGACGAUGACGACGAUGGCGAAGAAGACGACGACGAAGAAGACACUGAAGACGACGAUGAGGAAGAGGACGCGGAAGAGGAUUCCAUUAAGCCCUCGGACAUUAUGUCCAAAACGAACCAUCAAGCUGAGAUCCAAAAGGGACUCUGUGUCCAAAAUCAACUGCGCAUUUGGGAGCGCCUUCUCGAACUCAGGAUCAACACUCAGAAGUUCACCAGUAAGGCUAACCAAUUGCCCGCUCCGGACACACUGAAGAAACUUGGCUCAGAAAACGAGGAGCUUCAAUCGGUACUAAACGAGGCGCAGGAACGCUCAUCAAAGCUUCUGCAACAACUUUUGUCCCUGCAAAGUGCACUCUAUCAACAGAACUCCGAGAUGCGGAAGUCCGUAAAGCGGAAGCAUCCUUCAGAGGAGGCGGGUCCACCCGGUAAACGCUUUGGCGGCUGCCUGGAGAACAACUUUCAGCAAAUGACCAGCUAUCGCAACGAAGUCCUGCUCAAGUGGGACGAUCGCACCAAACUACUAACUCCCGGAGCGGGUGUGAAGCGCAAAUCGGUGCAAGAAGACUACGAUAUCAUCAAGAAAAUAGAAAGCGCCUUGGGCCAUCGGCAAGUACUUGUGGAGAAGUCGCAGACUAUAAAGAGUAAUCAGCCGGAUCAACCGGAAAACGAGCCUCCGAAGCGACUGACCCACAUCUACGACGACAGCGAUUUUUACCACCAGCAGCUACGCGAGCUCAUCGAGUACAAGGCAAGCACCUCGUCCAACAUGAGCGAGAUCACCAAACAGUUCGUGGAGCUACAGAAGCUGCGCCAAAAGAUGAAGAAGAAGGUGGACACCAGGGCCAGCAAGGGUCGCAAGUUGCGAUAUGUGGUGCACAAUAAGCUCAUCAACUUUAUGGCUCCCAAUGAAGUCGGCGAUUGGACGGAGAGUUCCAAAUCCGAGUUGUACAAAUCGUUAUUUGUUUAGAAAAUAUAUUAAUGUAAUUAUAGAUUAUUAUAU